AUGAGCUUCCGCCUGCCUCUUCGGGGAAGCAAAUUGGCCACCAUCUUCAGCGUCUACUCCCUCCCCCCGAUGACCAACUCUGGCGCGGCAAGGAACAAAUUCUACAAGGAUCUGCAUACCCUCCUGGCGCCUGUGCCGAAGGCGGAUAAGUUGGUUGUCCUUGGUGACUUCAACGCCCGCGUCGACACAAACCCCAUUGUCUGGAUAGGAUUGUUGGGCCCUCAUGGUCUCGGUGGCUUCAAUGGCAGUGGCCUACUUAUCCUGCGAACCUGCGCAAAACAGCGCCUUCCGCCUUCUGACGCGGGAGAGGGCGACCAGUGUGCACCAUUGGUCGGGACACUGGCACCUGCUGGACUAUGUCCUCGUCCGGGAGCGAUACGAGCGGGACGUGCUGGUGGCAAAGGCGAUCGCGCAUGCUGACGGGUGGAACGACCAUCGCCUCAUCAUCUCCAGGAUGCGGAUCGGUCCACAGCCACGCAGGAGACUUCAAGGUAAGUUACCACCAUGUAAGUUGAAUACGGUACUGUUGUCUUUGCCUGCUCACCAUCUUCAUUUAGCAAUAAGCUAGCUCAGCCACUAGCCAACCUUCCGAUCGCCGUCGCAACCCCCUUGGCCGUCGACGCAAACGCCUCCGUGGAGAACCGACGGUGCCAACUGGCUGCCCUCGACCGUGCACGUCGUCAGUACCAUGACGGAUUCGACGAAGACGACGCCAUCAUCAUCAACCUGAUCGCCGAGAAGAAACGACUGCACAAAGCCUACGUCAAUCGCCUUUCCGACGAAAACAAAGCGGCCUUCUAUCGUAGUCGCCGCCUUGUGCGACAGCGGCUGUGGGGGAUGCGGGACACCUGGACAACUCGCAAGGCCGGGAAGAUCCAAGGGCACGCGGACCAAAACGAAUGA